AUGUCUCCAGCGAAGAAGGAGACCUCUGCGGAGCUGUGUGGUCGGGUCACGGCUCAGGGCAACACCAUCGCUAUCCGUAUGCUUGAGUACCUUAGCUCAGCCAAGAAUGCCGUUCCCGGAUUUCAGAAUCUUGCCGCCGAUUUCGUCGAUCUUUGUCAAGAGUUGUGGUCUAUUGAGGCCGGCUUGACAGAAGCUGCCAAGUCAAGGAACGCCCUGCCUGUGGAAGUUGGGCAAGAGCUCGACAAGCGUGUACGACAAGUCAGCGACGAGUUCGUCGUCCUCGGUCAAAUGGUUGGCAAAUUUGUCGAGAAUGAAAACCACAAAGGAGGCUUUGGACGCAAGUUCAGGAUGAUGUUCGCAGAUACGGAUGUUGACAAGAUGCGCUCGACCUUGAUUCGCAGCCGCGACGCAUUAAAAGUGAGCUCUGCCAUGUUUAGAUGGACAAUUGGCGAAGCAAAGGCCGAUGCAUCUAUGGGUAUCGGAUACGCAGGCUUGAUUGCUGCCCUUGAACGCUUGAACCCAGCCAAAGCUGCCAGCUUGCCCUCGCUGCACCACCCACCUCCGUCUUCUGAUCUUCCUCCAACGCCACCGAUCAAGUCCAGUCAUACCGAGAGUUCAUUGGCACCUAGCCAUCGUUUGGAGCGGCCGUCUGUGAAUGAUACCGGCCGCUAUCACGGCGAGCCAGUGUAUGAGGAUGUCACCUCAGUGGAGUCUACCAAAUCGCGGGUUUUCAUGGAGGAGAAGAUGAACGACCUUAGUGUCCACGAACGCUACCUCCACGACAGCCAUCAACAAUCGAGACACGACUCCCCCUUGACAUCACCUUCCUGGCAGCCUCGAUCAUCGAACGGAUCGAAGCCAGCCGGCGGAAAGGCAGCUCUUAUCACAGCUGUAGAGCAGAGGAAGCACCAAGUUCUUGAGCAACUUCUUGAAGGCGGUGCCAGAGCUGACGGCCCAAUGGAAGCCGCCAUGCUCCAGAUUGCUGCGCAGCACCGCGACACGCAAAGCAUUGUGCUUCUCCUGCGCUAUGGCGCCGAUGCCAAUGGUUUUGAUCGCGAAGGCAUAACGCCGCUCUUCGCUGCUACGCGUUCACAAUGCUUCGAAAGCGCAAAGGCUUUGAUCAAACAUGGCGCCGAUCCCAACCUCAGUGCCGGACCUGACUCCGAGUCCCCUCUCGCAAUGGCUGCCAGCAAUAAUUAUCUUGAGCUUGUUCAGCUGUUCUUGGCCAACAAGGGUGACCCGAAUUUCAUCAUGGAGAAUGGUUCGACUGCCUUGGUGUCAUGCAUGAACAAGACCGUUUCGACGAAGCUUGUGGAAGCAAUGCUCGGAGCUAGUACAGACGCGGACGCAAAGAAUGGUGAGGGAACCACUGCACUGUUCCAAGCAAUUCAAGCCAACCGCGUCGAUCUCAUGACCUUGUUACUUGACGCAGGCGCAUCUCCCAAUAUGCCCGGCCCGAAACAUCCUCUAUGGCCUUCGACCUACAAGCCCCAGGCCUUGCAGCUACUGCUCGCUCGUGGUGCUGACCACCGCAAAACGCCAGGUGUUAUGGAGCUGGCAGCAAGUUUGAAGAAGUUGGAAUCGGUGAAGAUUCUCGUUGAAGCCGGUGUUUCACCAAACGUCAGAAAGGAUGGCGUCUGGACUCCACUGUGCUCAUCUAUACGCGACAACAACGAGGAGAUCUUUGCUUAUCUCAUCGAACACGGUGCCGACCCCAACUUCAAGAGUGCCGAGUUCCCUGCAUUCAAGUGUAUUACGCACAAGCGCCUGCACUUCUUGCCACGCCUUGUUGCUGCUGGUGCAGACCUUCACAAGCCGAAAGGUAUAAUUGAGACAGCCGUGGUUCACAAUGAUAAGGACGCAAUCCUGUACCUACUCGAACAGGGCGUCAACCCCAAUGACCGCUGCCCAGAAGGUGGUUCGACAGCUUUGACUACCGCUAUCCGUGAGAACAGGGGCGAUCUCGUUGACCUGCUCAUCUCUCGUGGAGCAGACCCCUCCGUCCGUGGUGAGAACUGGCCACUGUGCAUGGCUGUCAAGCAACCCUCCAUCUUGAAGAAGCUUCUCGCAGCAACACCAAACCCUCGUGCGUUCCGCGGUGUUGUCGAGAUGGCGGUAUGUGCGCACCAGCUCGAGAGCAUCAAGAUGCUGCUCGCAGCUGGCGUCAGCGUUGAAGACAAGAACUGUGGUGUCUUCAGCCCUCUUACCUCCGCCAUUCGUGAGAGGGACAGCGAGAUUGUCCGCUAUCUCCUCGACGUUGCGAAUGCGGAUCCAAACGCCCCUGGUGAGCAUCUCCCAUUGGUUAAGGCAUUGAGGAGGUACAACGGAGACACAGAGAUCCUCCGAAUGUUGCUCAGUCGCGGAGCCGACAUCAACAAGAUGCACAGGGGAUGGAACCCCAUUCUACAAGCUGUCGAGAACGGUGAUGCUGAAGUUUUGAAACUACUGAUCGAGAUGGGCGGUACGCCCGACCUACAAGCUCUCAAUGAAGAGGGCAGGCCAGUCAUUGACAUUGUGACGGAGCGCGGCUGGGAAGAGGGGCUUGCACUGCUCUUCCCAAAUGCUGCACCCAAUCAGAAGGCCAAUCAGUAG